CCCCUCUCUAGCAGGUGCGACCCCCCCAGCAGCUUCUGAUCUUAAGAGGACACCAUCAGCCAAUUACUGCUGUGGCGUUUGGCAACACGGAGCACCCGCUUGUGGUCUGCUCUGCCUCACAAGACCACGUGCUCAUGUGGAGGCUGGACGAGUGCAGAGAGAAGGUGCUUCACGGGACAGACCCGCGCGGGCUCGUCCUGGGCACCCGCCCGGGAGAGGUGCGGUGCGUGAAGUUCAGCCCGGACGACCAGAUGGCUGCGGUGUGCGCUGGCAACAGGGUCCUCGUGCUGGACGUGCAGAGCCGGACCGCGCACGCCGAGCUAGAGGGGCACCAGGGCCCCGUGACCGCAGCCGAGUUCUGUGCAUGGCAAGCGCAUGUGGUCGUCUCGGGGUCUGAGGACAGAAGCUUCAAGGUGUGGGACUGUCGCACGGGGGCCUUGAUGCACAGCUCGGCGGUGCUGACAGCCUCCCCGCUCCUGAGCCUCUUCAUCGAUGGGGAGAGCCAGCAGCUGGUGGCCGGGGGCGCCGAGGGCCAGCUGUGCAUCUUCAGUUUGGCUGAAGGUCAUCAUCAUCGUCAUGUGACGCGUGUGGACCUGAGGAAAGAGACGGAGAGUUUCUACGCCAGGCGGCCAGGAGAGAGCGGGCUGGACAGAGGGGACGGGGUCGACGUGGCGCUCCCCGUCCUGAGCCUGGCGCGCUGCGACCUGCCGCCGGACCUCGGCCCCGGGCAUGGAUGUCUUUCCCCGGAGAGGACCGGCUGUGUGUGGGUCGGAAGCUCCGCUGGACUAUUCAUCCUGAACCUGGCGAGCUUUGAGCUGGAGGCUGCCCUGCAUUACAAGGAUUUUCGGAACCUCAGCAUCCAGGUGGCCGGGUCGUGUGCCGUGAUGAGCAGCCGUGGCAAGGCCUUCUGCUUACUCGCUUCCAUGUUUGGGAACGAGGUCGCCGGCUUGGAGCUCGACCCGACUGCUCUGGUGAGGUCCCAGCAGCACCCCCACCUGGGAACGCAGCUCUCAGUGCUGCCCAGCUCCGGUGUCUCGCCGACCUCCCCUCUGUAUUUCGGAGUCGCUGAGGCGACACGUGUCAAGCCGGCCGGCCACCAGCAAGCCGCUACUCAGAGCUCCCUGCGGGACCAGCCCCUGGUCUUCCACAGCCGCGUCCGGUCCUCCGGGUACACGGCUGCACCCCAUGUGACCAUGUUCUCGCCCAAGACCAAUGUGAAGAGUGGCUGUAAGAGACCUUCGCGACGCAGGAGCACUCACACCUGUCAGCAGUGCCCUUCGGACAGCCCUCCGCCGACCCAGCUCCGCCGGCGGCUGGCUGUGGCCCAGAGCCCGGUGGCCGUGCGCUGCGUGCAGUUCUCAGGAGACGGGCGCUGGCUGGCCUGUGGCCUGGCCGACCACCUGUCCCUGGUCUUCGAUGCCCAUCUGACUGGAGCACCUGCUGUUUUCUCAGGUCAUGAUGGGGCAGUGAGCGCCCUGGGCUGGAGCCACGACGCCCGGUGGCUGCUGUCGGCCUCCCUGGACGGGACCCUGAGGGUGUGGUCGGCCCGCAGCCGGGAGCCCGCCCUGUGCCUGGGCACAGACGUGUUCCCGGAGCCUGUGCACCAUGCGCAGUUCUACUACCUCGAUUCAUUCGUGCUCGUGUCCUCAGGCCCCGAGUUCCAGCUGCUCAGGCACCACCUGGACACCCGCAAAGAUGAGAUCAAAAGAUACAAACAGAGGAGCCGGUGCACCCGCGUGUUCCGGCUCCCCACGACGGGGGCCGCGGAGAUCACCGGCCUGUCGGCCGCCAACGAGUUUUAUUCCCACCUGGUGCUGGCCGCCAGCCGGAGCAGGACAGUGGAAGUUUUCGACCUCAACGCGGGCCGCAGCGCCGCUGUGAUCCAGGGCGUCCAUUCCCGGCCCCCCCACCAGAUCUGCCAGAACCAGGGAUCGUCAUUCACGACCCAGCCACCUCAGGACUAUAACCUUUUUGCAACCAUCGCCGUGGGCGACGGGGCCCGGCUGUGGGACCUGAGAACCCUGAGGUGUGAGCGCCGUUUCGAAGGACACCCGACCCGCUGCUUCCCGUGUGGGAUUGCCUUCAGCCCCUGCGGGCGCUUCGUGGCGUGUGGCGCGGAGGACAGACAUGCGUACCUGUACGAAGUGGGCUCCAGCACCUUCUCCUGCCGGCUGCCGGGGCACACGGACACGGUCAGCGGGGUGGCCUUCAGCCCGUCCGCCCCUCAGACGCUGCCCCCCACGUCUGGGCCCCGCCUUCCUCCCAGGAGUCUUCUGCUCCACCCAAGGCCCUUCCGCAGCUGCUUGGUUCACGGAGCCGGGUCCGCUCCGCGCGUUCACCUCGGCGAGGUCAGUGGUGCAGUCCAGCGCUCUGUCUGCACACGCCAUCCGCAUAUGCCCGUCGCACACGCCAAUCGCACACGCUGCUCACACGUGCCACCCGCGCACGCCAUCCUAGCAUGCCACUUGCACACGCCACCCAGGCCCCGACCUGGGUGUCGAGUUGGCGUCAUAGUCAGGUGUCCCCGGUGACAGCCCAGGUCGCUCCCUGUCCAGGUGUCCCUCGGUCCCAAGCAGCUGGCACUUCUCACGUGGCCUGUCCUGGGGCCGGGGUGGCGACGUUGCUGGGAGUCAGGCUGACUUCUCAUCUCAGCUGACAUGGUGUUGGGAGGCCCAGGACGGCAGGUGUGGUGCACGGAGGAGGUGUUGGUGGCUCAGGGACAGGCGGGACCGGUGGGAAGGAGGGAGGGGCCCUGUUCUCUGUGGCCGCUCGGCCGUGGCUGUCCUCCUGGUCGAGCGGCCACGGGGUUUCCACGGCAGCACGCGGGCCCGUGGGUGGGGCAGGUCGCCUGGGUUGCCAGUGACACAUUUGCAACCGUUUGUGCUGCAGCGUUUGAGCCGAGGCCACGGAAGAUGGUUCCUAUUAUACUCGGUGGCGUUGACUGAGGUCUGGCCGGGUCUGUUCUGAUGCCCUGGCCCAGCCCCCGGCGGCUGCGUGGCCCGGCCCCAGCUGGCUGCGGUCACGGCACAGGAAUGUGGCCGCUGGCGGUAACUCCAGCUCGGCUCCGUUUCUCUGUAAGUGAUUUAUAAGCCCAACUUGAAAAAUUGUUGCUGAAAUAGGUUGCAGCAUUUUAGUUCUCAGCACACAGGGUUCCUCUCACAUGCAUUUCCUAUUGUAGCUGUUGCCCAAGGCCAGGAGGGCGGCGGAUCACACACCAGCAGCUGGUCUUCUGUUCCAGGGCAGGAGUCAGGGAACAGCUAUGUGACACCAAGGAGGAGGCACAGGAACAAGUCGUCCCAUGAAAGCCACACAGACGCGGCUGUGCCUGUGGCACCCGAUGGGCGCAGCAGCGGUGACUCAUCCAGGGAGCCGGCCAGCGCUCGCUUCUCCUUCAGGCACCCAGAGCUGGAGCCAAGGAGAAGGCGGGUCCCUGUCUGACGGAGCAGUAUGGUUCCACCACGAUUCGGCGCAGCCUCUGCGGCAUCGGUGGGGAGUUCCGGGGGCACACACGCAGGAACGUGUUGGUGGGGUCCUCCUAGCUUCACAAGUGAUGCUGUUUCAGGUGUGUUCCCCCUUCUUAAAGGGUGAGAGAGCCGUUGUGGAAAGUAGAGAACACACACGAGCAGACCAAGCGAGCGCACGAACGGGACACAGCCGUUCGUUCCUGGUCCCUCGCUUCUGGCACAGAGGUCGCCGAAGGCUUUCCCGAAUGUGUGUACAGACACACACACGUGCGUGUAGUGGUUUCAGCCUAACUCUCCACCUGAUGGGACUUGGGAUCCGGCACCAGCAUUUAUCGAACUCACACUUCAGGGCUCCUGGUUGUUUGGCCAGGGCCGAGCUGUGGGAUGGGCACCCCGUGCACACACUGCUCCUGUGGCUCUCUCCCCAGAACACGUUUAGACCUGUAAUUGCCGAGUCAACGUCCUCACUCUGAACAGCUUUUGGUAAAUGUUGCCAAGUUUCUCUAACAAGUUUGGGUCAACUUAUUUACCUCCGAAUAGAGUAUGAGGGGAUGUGUCUGCAGCAACAGGAACAACUGCUAUUUACAAAUACUUGUUGCGCAGAGCACAGGCCCGGGCCGGCUGGAAGGCCAGAACGGAGCCGCCGUCUCAGUUCUUCCGGGCGAACCGCCUCCUUCCUCCUCCAGCACACGGGGCGGGGGGCCGGGGAGGGGGGGGCCUCCAGGCGGAGCACAGGUCUCAGGCCGAGAGCGAGAACGGAACUCUGCUUGGUCUCUCGGGCAUUUGUAUUUCACUUCUUGUGAAUUAUUUAUUCACCCUGUUUUUAAAUGGAAACACCUUUUUAUUAGGUAUCAGCUCCUUUCCGUAACUUAGCGAUAACCUUUGUGUUUGUGAUAUUUUGAAAAAAACCUAUGAUCUGGUUUUUUUUAUUAGAUUUAGGAGAACUUCCCCUAAGAGGAUAUGUUCAUUGAUAUUUUCCUAAUGUCUCGCAUGGA